CAUAAAGCUGUGCGUCUGUGAGAGUUGACGCACUCGGCCGACAAGAGGGCGAGAGGAAUACUCGAAUCAGUCAUCCUUUCGACUGCUGCGGUGAGAUGACGGGCCAUUGAGCUGACAGCUCAACAAAAGUGAGGGAGACGAAUACUCACCUACUCACUGACUGAUGCGCUCACUCAUCCAGUCGCCUCAAUGCGUUCGCCUCUCUCUCUCUGUGUGUCUGUCGGCCCAUCGCUGCAGGCGUGUCGUUGAGGAGUGAUGGCGGCCUCCUCAUCUGCCGCUGCUGGUGGUGGUGGUGGUGGAUUCAGUUCUCUAUCUGGUGAUCUGUCCAUCUGAUCAUCGAACCAGGUGAGCAGCACACAGAUCAGUGAGCAGCAUGCUUGAUGCACACGAUCCUCUGUCGGCUCUGUCGCUCUGUGCAGGCUGUCGUCGAGCGCAUCAUAGCCCAGAUGCAGCAACCGCAGCAGCAGCAACAGCAGCAGCAUCCCUUCUCGUAUAUCUUCGUCGGCCGCCGCACCUACUACCUCUUCAGCAGCAUCAAGGACAUCCUGCGGCUGAGGGCCACCUGCACAUGGCUGAGAGAUCUCUUCGGAGCGGCCCAGCUGAGAGUUCGGCUCAGCCACUCGCUCGGCUCACAGGCGGGGCUGCGGCGGGCGGUGAAUGGGCAGCAGGUGCAGCUGCUGCGGUUCGACGACGACCACUUCGGCGCCCAUGAUCUGCUGGCGGCUGUGUGUGUGGUGGAGGAGGGGCCAUGGGGCGAGAUGGGCGAGGUGAUUGAGCUGGCGGUGCAGUGCCGCAACUGUGACCUGCCUGUCAUCCUCACAGCCGAUGACAUCAACACACACGCAACCAAAACGGUGAGCCAGCAAACAGAGGGGCGGGGAGGGGAGGGAGAGGGCGUCAAUCUCUCUCUGUGUGUCUGUGUGUGUGUUUGUAGGCAUAUGUGUCGGCUCCCCGUGUGUUGGCGCAGCUCAAGAUGGUCGGCAGCCACUUCCACUUCAGCGACGGCAGCUGCCUGCAGCUCUUCCACCACAAUGGUGAGGUGCGGGCCAUCAAAGACCAGCCCGGCCAGCCCGGCUUUCGGCUGGAGGUCGACCCGCCCCUCCCCGCCAACCAUCUGUACCGGCAGCACCGGCAGCCACACGACCCACCAGUGAAUAGCCGCGACAUCUACUGGUCCCCCUACCACGUCAGAUGGCGCGUGGGUGGUGGCCGGUUCACCCAGGCGUCAUUGUCGUCGUUUGCCAAGUACGUGAUCUUCGACCACUUCUAAUGGACUCACCACAUCGAGAGCACAUCGACAACACUCAACAGGUAACACACCAACGGAAUCACUCUGGUCGGGUGGGCACCCACAAGUCGUUUGUUGAUGUCUGUUUGUUCAGACGUGUCGGUGGCGGCCGUGUGGAUGGCCUGCUGACCGAGUCGCCCCACACACCGGUGGCCGGCUGCAGCACCACAGUCAGCCGCCGACAGCUGGUGCUCACCGACUGCAGCCACAACUUCGUCGCCUGGAUCUUCAUCAGCGAAUCAGGAAACAACGACGGUUCGUGUGACAGAGAGGGCGGGAUUGUUAAUGGCCAGAUGUCACAUAUUUUCCUUCCCCUUGUCUGCAGUGAGUGUGCGUAUCGAGACCACUGAGGCGGCUGUGUGUGAGAGCGGUUUGUUCAAGCACCGCUUCCCGUUGACCACUCAGCUGGCUCGUGUGGCGUUGGGGGCGGUGGCGCCGUACGUCUUCGACGGACUAGUAGAGGGACAGCAGCAGCAGCAGCAGCAGGAUGAUGACGAUGACGAUAGCGACGGUACGAGCGCACACACACAAGAUGGAUGGAAGAUGGGCCUUCUCUCUGUGUGGGUGUGGUCUGCAGAUUCCGACAGCGGUGAUAUCGAUAGCGAUGAGGGUGACGAUAUGGACGACGGCAGCGGAGGUACACGGGAAGGACGGCACAGCCACACACAUCACGGAGGCCCUCACAUUGGCCUGCAUCGCUUUCAUUUGUGUGUGUGUCCUGUGCACUCGACAGGUGAAGAUGCCGCAGCUGAGGCGAACAGCGGCGACUGAUCGAUCCAUCGACUUGUCAAUACUGGUGGGCGAGCAGCGGUGCACACCCUCUGUCACGUGGCUGAUGUCGCCCUGGCUGAACAUGUGUGUGUGUGCGUUGUCAGGGGGUGUCUCUUGGGUGCUGACUGUCAUCGUGUCGGUAGCCAAUUCGUCUCUCCAAGACACAUCGCACACCGCUCACACUGUAGACAGACCAGCUGCUGCUGAUAUGUGACCGAAUGGCUGGCUGGCUUACUGUGUGGUCGAGACUUCCAUGCCUCUGAUGUGUCAGUUCAGGGGGUCUAUGGCUUCGCUUAUUUGCCCGUGCGUCGCUCUUCUCUGUGUGUAGCCCUCUCGCCCUCUGUCCCUCUCUCAGUCUCGCCUUCUGUCUGUAUGUCUGAAUGAGAUAUCCGCCCGUCCUCAUGGCCGGCGGCCUGGGGGUGCAUCUCGUGCGGUCCUGCCGGCCGAUUUUGAUGUGAUGCUUCGGCCGGUGUGUGAAUGUGUUUGCCUGCCUGGCUGACUCACUGGCCAUGCCCCUCUCUCGAUGGCUGUGCGGUGGAAUGUGUCUGCGUGUGUGUGCCGUGACGGCCGUGGAGUGAACUCACUGUGCACACUCAGAGUUCACUCAAAGUCGUCAAGUGAC